GAAUAAUUAUGGAUAAUUUACAAUUAACCAGUUUCAAAGAAUAAACAACAAUUGUUUUGAUGCCAUAUCAUUUAAAAAAUAUAUCCAAAUCAAUUUAAAAUGUUAUUCCUAAGAUGAUUUUUACAUGCAGAAUACAUAAUUCAAUUCCUGUAAUUAUUUUAUUAAUUUAGAGCAUUGUAAUAGCAGUUAAAAAAGUCAGCAUAGUAUCUGAAUAUCUUGAAACAUUUGAUGAUCAACCUUAGAUGUUUAUUGAUAUAGAAUAUACAGUAACGUUAUUGCAAUUACAUUCUGGUUAAUAUCUCUUUAAAUUUAUUAGGUUCAUUAGUAAAAGGGAGAUUGGUUUAAUAAUUUAAAUCACAUAUGAUUGUUUAAAUAUUUAAUAUUUUCAAUGUAUUAAUACCAGAAGAUGAAAUUAAUGAAAAGUAUUUUGUUUGGAAUGAAAAUUUUAAUGCCUUUAUGAAUAGUAUGAAUAUAUACAUAAGAAUUUAGGAUAGAAUGAGAUUUUAGAAAAUCAAGUGGAAUUAUAAAUUAAAAUUACUGAAGUUACUUUGAAUGAGGCGGAUUAAAAAGAGUUUUAAAUAAAAGGAUCUUUAAAAGAUAGAAAAUAAACUGGAUAAAUUGAGUAUCUUGAAAAUGUGAUUGGAGAUUAAACUAAAAUAGAAGGUAUUAUUGCAAAAUCUCUUGAUUGUAUAAAUUGA